CAGGUCUCGGGCCCUCAGGCGGAGCGGCGGGCGCCGGACCCCCAGGUGGAGCGACAGGUCUCGGGCCCUCAGGCGGAGCGGCGGGCGCCGGACCCCCAGGUGGAGCGACAGGCGAAGCGGCGGGCACCGAGUCACCAGGCACGACAGUGGGCACCGAGUCGUCUGGCAAGACUGCGGGCACCGAGUCAACUGGCGGAACAGCGGGCAUCGAGUCAACUGGCAGAACUGCGGGCACCGAGUCGUCUGGCAAGACUGCGGGCAUCGAGUCGUCUGGCAAGACUGCGGGCAUCGAGUCAACUGGCGGAACUGCGGGCACCGAGUCGUCUGGCAAGACUGCGGGCAUCGAGUCAACUGGCGGAACUGCGGGCACCGAGUCGUCUGGCAAGACUGCGGGCACCGAGUCGUCUGGCAAGACUGCGGGCACCG